AUGGGCGGGACGCUAUCAGCCGAAGGUACUACGCUAGCAGAGCCAGCGGGAGGAACACGCAACACGGACACCAAUGAUUCCGCGGAGCCCCUUUCUUGGGAGAAGGAAACGCGCGGAGCCAACGGCGGGGGCGGAAUCGGGGGCAGUCGCGAAUGCGGGCAAAGCAGCAGAGUCAACUAUAGUCGCAGAUGGGUCGUACGGCAACCGCAUGGCAUACUCUACAGACACUUUUUCCUCUCUAGCAAAGAGCAGUCCAUUUUGUAGGGUUGCACCACGCUCGUCGUGAAUGAUUUGUUGCUUUAGACAAGCAGCAUGCGUUGAAACAAGUUGAAGCUCAGGCUCUCUACUACAGACACGUCAGUGAGCUUCACACACAUCGUCAUUUUUUCACCAUUCUCAUUCUCCUGAAAGAAACUAAGAUUGAUGCUACCGAUAGCUUGCACUUCGAGCAGUCGACCAUCACCUACGACGACACACUUCCUCCUGGCGAGGAUCUCUUGCAGGUCGUACAUGUGCAGGUUGCUGUUGGUAAAACUGUUGCU